UAGCUCAACACAUCAACCAAUGACAGCGCUUCUCUCAAAUUUUAGGCAGAACAACACGGAAGGUCGUCUCUGAUUGGCUGAGGUGCAGCAGCUGAAAACAACGUAGCCCGCUGCUGCUGCUGUUGCUUCUUCAAGAGUCAGAUUUGAAGUCUCCAGAUUUGCUGCGGUACACAGGGUCAGUGCACAACAGCCAUGCAGGCUCAGGAAGUCCUGAGACAGCUGCGGAUUCCCGAGCUGGAUGAAAUUCGGCAGUACUUGCGCGGAUUGCCCGCCAACACACUCAUGGGCAUGGGUGCCUUCGCUGCCAUCACCACCUACUGGUUUGCCAGCCGGCCAAAAGCCCUCAAACCACCUUGUGACCUUGGCCAGCAGUCACUGGAAAUACCAAGUGGAGAACGUGCAAGAAGGUCAGUGCUGACUGACAGCGAUGAGCUCAUGACACACUACUACGAUGAUGCACGAACAAUGUAUGAGGUGUUCCUACGAGGGCUCAGAGUAUCAAAUGAUGGACCCUGUUUAGGAUCGAGAAAACCAAACCAACCUUACGAGUGGCAGUCAUACAGAGAGGUGGCAAACAGAGCGGAGUACAUCGGCUCUGCUCUUCUUCACAGAGGACACUCUCAUACAGGAGACAAGUUCGUCGGCAUCUUCUCCCAGAACAGACCAGAGUGGACCACUUCAGAGCUGGCUUGUUACACAUACUCCCUCGUGGCAGUUCCACUGUACGACACACUUGGCACGGAGGCCAUUGGCUACAUUCUCGACAAAGCUGCCAUCUCGUCAGUGAUCUGUGACAUACCCGAAAAGGCUCAGAUGAUUCUAGACUGUGUCAGUAAAAAAGGGCGAACGGUAAAGACGAUUGUGCUCAUGGAGGCCUUCGACAGCGACAUGGUGUCCCGCGGACAGGAGUGUGGUGUUGAGAUCCUGAGCAUGAAGGAGUUUGAGGCCUUAGGUAAAACAAACCACAAAGACCCAGUGCCCCCUAAACCAGAGGACCUCGCACUUAUCUGCUUUACAUCUGGAACCACAGGAAACCCAAAAGGUGCAAUGCUUACUCAUCGAAAUGUCAUCUCCAACACUGCAGCUUUCAUUAAAAUAACAGAGGGCUCACUGAAGCCCAGCACUAAAGAUGUGCUCAUCUCCUUCCUCCCUUUGGCCCAUAUGUUUGAGAGGGUGGUGGAGGGUGUCAUCCUCAUCCAUGGGGCUCGUAUCGGAUAUUUCCAAGGAGACAUUCGGCUUUUGAUGGAUGAUUUGAAAACGCUGCAGCCAACAGUCUUCCCUGUGGUCCCACGUCUCCUCAACCGCAUGUUUGAUAAGGUGUUUGGUCAAGCUAACACGCCACUGAAGAGAUGGCUGCUUGAUUUCGCUUUUAGGAGGAAGGAGGCAGAGCUUCGUAGCGGUGUGGUCAGAAAGGACAGCAUGUGGGACAAACUCAUCUUCAAGAAAGUACAGGCGAGCCUGGGUGGACGUGUGAGGCUCAUGAUUACAGGAGCAGCACCGGUGUCCCCGACCAUCCUGACAUUCCUACGAGCUGCUCUGGGCUGUCAGUUUUAUGAAGGCUACGGCCAGACUGAAUGUACAGCCGGGUGCACCAUGUCGAUGCCUGGAGACUGGACAGCCGGUCACGUCGGGCCUCCUCUGCCCUGCAACUAUGUCAAACUGGUGGAUGUGGCAGAAAUGAAUUACCUGGCAGCCAACGGAGAGGGAGAGGUGUGUGUCAAAGGACCAAAUGUAUUUCAGGGAUACCUGGAAGACCGUGAGAGGACAGCUGAGGCAAUUGACCAGGACGGAUGGCUGCACACAGGGGACAUUGGGAAAUGGCUUCCUGUAAGCAAAACCCUGAUGAUCUCUGACUAUUGUACCGAACGUAUGAAGCCAAGUGGCUUAACGUUGUUAUGUUUCUCAUCUGGUUCAUUGCAGAACGGCACUCUGAAGGUCAUUGACAGAAAGAAGCACAUUUUCAAGCUGGCACAAGGAGAAUACAUCGCCCCCGAGAAAAUAGAAACCGUCUAUAAUCGUAGUGAUCCAGUGGCUCAGAUAUUUGUUCAUGGUGAUAGUUUACAGGCAUGUCUGGUGGGAGUCGUGGUACCUGAUCCUGACUUUUUACCUAUUUGGGCCAAGAACAAAGGAAUUGAAGGAUCCUACUCUGAUCUGUGCAAAAACAAGGAUGUAAAGAGCGCCAUUCUGGAGGACAUUCUGAGGCUGGGCAAAGAAGCAGGACUCAAGUCUUUUGAACAGGUGAGAGAUAUCAUGUUACAUCCUGAGAUGUUUUCUGUCCAGAACGGCCUGCUGACGCCCACCCUGAAAGCCAAAAGGGUCGAGCUCCGGAGUCACUUCAGAGACCAGAUUGAUGAACUUUAUGCCAAAAUCAAGAUGUGAGCUUGGAUCGAGAAGUAGAGAAGGUUACAAUCAUGUAGAGCACAGCCAGAACCAAAUAGUUUAUUGAAGAGGACAUCCCUCUAUUUCCCUGCCAGUGACAACUUUGUGGAGACUGCCUUUGAACAAAUCUCAGUUUGAAACGUUUUGUUCCAGUUUCAUCUUGUAAUUGUACCACUAGAUUUCUGCUGCUGUCACUGGCUGAUAAUUCAGAACUUGUCAUCAUGUUACUGGUUUUAUUUAUCCAAGGAUAAGGGUUGAAAUACAUAAAGGGGAGAUGUGACUUGCUCAUGCCUUAACUGCCAAAAAUCUGACUACUUGAUGGUCAGAAACGUCCGGCCUCUGAACACAUUUCUGAUCAUUUUUCAUUAUUGGGAGCUGGGAGACUUUAAACAUGCUUUUCCAACAGUGACACAUAUUACCUAUUUAUAUACCAGACUAAUGUUUUGGUUAUCUAUUUAAACUGAUAUUUAAUGUAACCAUUAAACCUGUAAAUAGUGUAUUUGCUGAAAAGUAAUAUGUGUUUGUAUCAUGCCUGAUAUUCUGUAUUAUUAAUUCCCAGCAUUCCCAUGUUUCUCAAAGCUGCAGGCUACAGGACGGCCAAUAAGCCUGUUUUACAACACAAUGUAGUGAAAAGCCUAUUGGGAACCAUGUUGCUCGACAGAUGUUAUGUCUUUUUUGGUUGGUUUUUUGUUUUUUUUCUGUUAACAAUGCAUGGGAAAUAUUGAAUGUUACUAUACUUUUUAGGUGUCCUUUCAAAUUUCAGUGCCACAAGCUGCAGGAUAAAGCUGCAAACUGCCAUUUGUGUGAUGCGCAAGUCUUCAGGGCAAAUAUCUGCCGAUAGUGGUAUCACAGUUCAUUUUAACAAGUCAGUUUUUUCAAAAUUAAUUCCACGUCCUCGUCUGCAUUUUGCAUUAACAUUUCACUGAUGGUCGAUAAUCCAGCAGUUUUACGUUGAACGGAGCAGCAUUUCAGCUGCUUGACAUUGUGAGUUCAGAUGUUUUGACUGAAUUAUGAUCAAUACGCACAUCUAAUUAUGUCGAGGCCUUCUUGACAGUUAAAGCCAUAUUGUUUCAGUUUGUUUUGUUUUUUUUAAAGGAAUCUAUGAUAAGAAAAGGGCAAAGGUGCAGUUUUGUGCUGGAGUUAUAAGUACAGUAUCUAUAUUUGUCAACUGUAACAAAUAAACACUUUCUUCAUAAA